AUGCUUCCCAGUUGUUUUGGACUUGGGAAUGUAUUCGACCAUUGUAUGCGACUCGAAAUCGCCUCCAAUACGUCCCUCAAGCUUCCUUUAAUGCCACCACCAGUGAUCGCAUCAGAAUAUAGCGUGUUCCGUAUCGCCAAUGUCUGUUUGGCGGUCUAUGCACAUCGGGUCUUCCCGAUUCCUGAACCUAUGGAGAUAAUGAGUAUGAGUUCAGGCAAAUUGAGUCUUUAG